AUGGCUGAGAAGGAAGGCUCUGCUGUGCCCCCGCAGGCGAAGGGUUCGUGGGGUAGCUUCCUCAAGUCGAUCGCAUCCUUCAAUGGCGAUCUCUCGUCUAUGACCGCGCCUGCAUUCAUUCUCUCCACAACCUCUCUCACGGAGUUUUCCUCGUACUGGACUGAACACCCCUCCCUAUUCGUUGCACCCGCCGCCGAGAAGGACCCCGCUAGACGGGCCGCGCUCGUUCUUAAGUGGUUCCUCAGCACAUUGAAGCAGCAAUAUGCCAGCCGAAGUGAAAAGCUGGGCAGCGAGAAGAAGCCGCUGAACCCUUUCCUGGGUGAGCUGUUCCUGGGCAAGUGGGAGGACCAAGCUGGCACCACACAGCUUGUCAGCGAGCAAGUCAGCCACCACCCCCCAGUCACAGCAUACUCCAUCUGGAACAGUCAACACGGCGUUCGUCUGCAAGGAUACAACGCACAAAAGGCUUCGUUCUCGAGCACCAUCAAUGUCAAGCAAAUCGGCCAUGCCACUCUUCACAUCGACGCUUUCGACGAAGACUACCUCAUCACCCUCCCCUCGCUGCACAUCGAAGGCCUCAUUUCAGGCUCUCCCUACGUUGAACUAAACGGCACUUCCUACAUCACCUCUUCCUCCGGAUAUACCGCCAAGAUUGAUUAUAGUGGCAAAGGAUGGGUGUCUGGAAAGAAGAACAGGUUCUCGGCGUCUGUCUACCCUACAGGAAAGGACAAGGAUGUCAUCUACUCCGCUGAAGGCCAGUGGAUCGAAAAAUUCGCUAUCAAAGAUGCUAAGAACAAGUCUACUUUCGCAUCGCAUGAUCCCAGCGUCACCAAGACCACCCCUCUUACUGUUGCGCCGGUGACUGAGCAGGAUGACUUCGAGUCCCGUCGUGCUUGGAAGAAGGUUGCCGACGCUAUUGUCAAGGGUGAUAUGGAUACUACCAGCGCCGAAAAGUCUAUCAUCGAGAAUCGUCAGCGCGAGAUGCGCAAGGAAGAACAAGCGGGCGGUCGCGAGUGGGAACGCAAGUUCUUCACUCGUACAGAUAAUUCUCCGAUCUUUGAGCGACUUGCUACCAAGGUUGGUGAGAAGACCAACGAAUCCUUGACAAACGGCAUCUGGCUAUUCGAUCAAGAAAAGGCGAGCGCUGCGAAAACGCCGUUCCACCCGGAUGUCAGCCCCCCAAUCUAUGUGCAGAAAUAA